AUGUCUCGGCUUGGAGGGUUUGGGAAGCGAUACCUCCGGCGGCGGGCAGCUCUGGGACAGCUGAACAGCGUCCUGCUGGUGGCCCGGCCCCUGCUCCGGAGGCGACAGAGAUUGCAGCUUGGGCUUCGGUGUGGCUGGCACAGUGGCCCAGCCUCCAAGACAGCGCCAAACAUGGAGCUGGGGCGCUUGGAGAUCCCGGCUGAGGUGGCCGUCAUGCUAAAGACAGCAGAAGGCCAUCACCAUGCCUUGGUUGGGAGCAUCACCGAGUCCAUGCCCCCUGAAGUUCCUGCCCGGAGCAGCCUGACCCUCCCACCCGACAUCGACCAGUUCCCGUUCUCCAGCUUCAUCUCCACUAACUUUCAGGAGCCAGCCCUGCCCAGCCCUGGGCAGCCGCUGGCCAAGCCCCUGACCCGGCUGGAUGGUGAGAACCCUCAGCAUGCCCUGGAUAUCAACAAGGUGAUGCUGCGGCUCCUGGGGGAUGGGUCCCUGCCCCCCUGGCAGGAGCAGAGCAUGGGCGAAUACCUGGUGCGACAGGGCCAGCGCCGGCCAGGGCUGCGGGACGAGCUCUUCAGCCAGCUCGUGGCCCAGAUCUGGCACAACGCGGACGAGCAGCAGAACCAGCGCAGCUGGGUCCUCAUGGCCAUCCUGCUCAGCGCCUUUCCCCCCAUGCCCACCCUACAGAAGCCACUGCUGAAAUUUGUGUCCAACCAGGCCCCCAGAGGCAUGGCAGCGCUGUGUCAGCACAAGCUGCUGGGGGCCCUGGAGCAGACGCAUCUGGCUCCUGGGAUGGCACGGGCCCACCCCCCGACCCAGCUCGAGUGGACCGCCGGGCGGCGGCGGGGCCGCAUGGCUCUGGACGUCUUUACCUUCACUGAGGAAUGCUACUCAGCCGAGGUGGAGUCCUGGACCACGGGGGAGCAAUUCGCCGGGUGGAUUCUGCAGAGCAGAGGCCUGGAGCUGCCCCCCCGUGGCUGGUCCGUGUCACUGCACUCCGGGGACUCCUGGCAGGAUUUGGUGGGCUGUGACUUUGUGCUGGACCUCAUCGGCCAGACUGAGGACCUGGGGGACCCAGUCAGUCCCCACAGCUACCCCAUUGCCCCCCGUGGCUUAGCUGAGGCCAUCCCCCCCGCCCCUAGCAUCCAGGCCCCUCCAUUGCCCCCAGGUCCACCCCCGGGGCCGGCCCCAGCACUACCCAGCAGGAGCCAGUCAGGGGAGUCUCAGACCUCAGGGAACCUGGAUGGCUUCCUGGACCACCUCUUCCAGCCAGUCCUCUCCCCGGGCCACAGCGAUCUGGAGCAAGGCUGGGCUCUGAGCAGCCGCAUGAAGGGAGGGGGCGCCAUUGGGCCCAUGCAGCAAGGCAGCUACCCCAUGGUUUACCCAGGGAUGAUGCAGAUGCCCGGAUACCAGCCAGCCAUGAUGCCAGCCCCCGUGCCCAUGAUGCCAGCGAUGGGCGCAGUCCCUGCCGUGCCAGCCAUGGUGCCGCCGCUGCAGCCGCAGCCCCUGCUUCCCAGCGUGGACCCGAGGCAGCUGGUGGCCCAGCAGCAGAACUUCAUCACCCAGCAGGCGCUGAUCCUGGCCCAGCAGAUGACCGCCCAGGCCAUGACCUUGUCGCUGGAGCAGCAGACACAGCAGCGCCACCACCAGGCUCAGCCUCAGGCCCGGGCCCCCGGAGCUGCCUCGCCGAGCUCACCCCCAGCCGUUGCCCCCAAGCCCAAGAAGCCCCUGGCCCCACGCGGGGAGCCAGAGCAAGAGCUGAAAUCGGAGACCUCACAGGAGGCCCGAGAGAAGCCCCAGCGGCCCAGGAGCUUCCAGCAGAAACAGGACUAUUUCCAGAAGAUGGGGCAGCAGCAGAUCAAGGUGAAGACAGUGAAGCCUCCACCCAAGGUACAGAUCCCCCAGGAGCAGGAACAGGAGGAGGAACAGGAGCAGGAGGAGAAUCCAAGAGCAGUGCCAUCCCCCCCACCGCCCCCCAUAGUGAAGAAGCCACUGACACGAGGUAGAGCCAAAGGGGCACAAGAGGCCGAGGCUGAGCCAGCGGCCCCAGGGGUGGGGCCUGGUGGUCACCCUGAGCCAGCCCCCCAACGGCGGGCAGAACCGAGCAGGGAGAUUCGCAACAUCAUCCGCAUGUACCAGAGUCGCCCGGGCCCCGUGCCCGUGCCCGUGCAGCCAUCCAGGAAGCCCCCACAAAGUUUCCUGAAGAAAAACAACCCUAAGGAUGAGGCUCUGGCUAAGCUGGGGAUCAGCGGUGCCCACGCGUGCAUGCCGACGCCAUCCCCCAGCUCAGGGAAGGGCCUCCCACCAGCUGUGGCCCCUCGCCCCAAGGUCCCGCCACAGCUUGGGCCCUCCAGCUCCACCAAGGGGAACCAGGGUCUCUCUGGCCAGACUCCGCCUGCUGCCCGGGCACCCUCCCCUCCACCAGCGCCCCCACUGCCUCUGCCUGAGGAACCAGGGACCCCUUCAGCUGGGCCCCGCGGCUGGAUGGAGCCCAUGGAGGACCAGGGAGUCUCCACCCAGCUGCUCGUGCCUUCCGGCAGUGUGUGCUUCUCCUACGUCAACCCGCCCUGGAGGUUGUUCCUACGCAAGGAGGUGUUCUACCCCCGGGAGAGCUUCAGCCACCCCUACUGCCUCAGGCUCCUCUGUGAGCAGAUCCUGAGGGACACCUUUGCCGAGUCCUGCAUCCGGAUCUCCCAGGAUGAGCGGAGCAAAAUGAAAGAGCUGCUGGGAGACCUGGAGGUGGGUCUGGACUCGCUCAACACCACUGAGGACAGUGUCAAGAAGCGCAUCGUGGUGGCCGCUAGGGACAACUGGGCCAAUUAUUUCUCCCGAAUUUUCCCUGUCUCGGGUGAGAGCAGCAGUGAUGUGCAACUGCUGGGCGUGUCCCACCGGGGACUGAGACUGCUCAAGGCGACCAAAGGCCCCGACUUCCACCCGAACCAGCUGAAGACUCUGUGCUCAUACAGCUUUGCUGAGGUGCUGGGCGUGGAGUGCCCGCGCAGCUCCACCCUGGAGCUGUCACUGAAGAGUGAGCAGCUGGUGUUGCACACGGCCCGGGCGAGUGCCGUCAAGGCCAUGAUUGAGCUGUUCCUGAGUGAGCUCAAGAAGGACUCCAGCUACGUCAUCGCCCUGCGAAGCUACAUCACCGAUGACCACAGCCUCCUCAGCUUCCACCGUGGGGACCUCAUCAAGCUGUUGCCAGUGGCCUCGCUGGAGCCCGGCUGGCAGUUUGGCUCCACCGGGGGCCGUUCUGGACUCUUCCCUGCCGACAUAGUUCAGCCAGCUGCUGCCCCAGACUUUUCCUUCUUGCUAGAGAGGAGUGGCCGGCACAAGAGUCAGCUGCAGCACAGAGAGCCAGGGCUGGCUCAGUGGGAGAGGGCAGCGGAGCGCCAUGCCCGCCCCCGGAGCCAGGCACACAGCGAUGACUCUGUAGCCUCCAUCUCUCUGUCCACGGACUCCCGCCACUACACCAUGCAGGAAUUUGCCCUGUACCACUUCCGGAAGCCCCAGACCUUGCUGGACCACACCGGUGGAGAUGCUAAGAAGGCCAUGGCCGGCCUCGUGCAGUACAGCAAGGCUCCCAUACGAGAAUCGCUCAUCAGCCUCAGUGAUGAGGACACAAACAGGCAGGCUGUGGAAAGCUUCCAGGCUCUGAUGCAAUUUAUGGGGGACCAGCCUAAGCCCCGGGGCAAGAAUGAGAUGGAGCUCCUUUAUGACCUGCUGAGGUUGUGCCGGGAGAAGGAGAACCUCAGGGAUGAGAUUUACUGCCAAGUCAUCAAGCAGGUCACCAGACACCCUCGGCCGGAACACUGUGCUCGCGGCUGGAGCUUCCUCAGCCUCCUGACAGGCUUCUUUGCCCCGUCAGCCACGCUGAUGCCCUACGUAACCAAGUUUCUGCAGGAUUCAGGCCCAAGCCAAGAGCUGGCCUGGAACAGUCAGGAACACCUCCAGCGCACAGUCAAAUAUGGGGGGCGCCGGCAGCUGCCCUCCCCAGGCGAAACUCAGGCUCUCCUGAAAGGGCAAGGAAUCCGCUCGCUUAUAAUUCACCUGCCAGGGAGUAUGGAUUACAAAACCAGUAUCCGGACUUUCGCGGUGGUGGCAGAAGUGCUGGAGGAGCUAUGUCUGCAAAUGGGCAUCACGGACCCCCAGGAAGUGCAGGAAUUUGCCCUCUUCAUCAAAAGGGAAGGCGAGCUGGUGCGGCCCCUGUGGCCCCAUGAGUACCUCAACAACGUGGUGGAUCAGGACAUAAGCCUGCACAGCCGGCGGCUCGGCUGGGAGGCCCCGCUGCACUUCGAUAACCCCACCUACAUCACCACCCACUACAUGCAGGUGCUGCAGGACUACCUACAGGGGAAGCUGUUGGUCAGCCCCCAGGCCAGCACCCGACUCGCCAGGCUGGCUGCCCUGCAGCACCGUAGCAAGCCCCAAGAGGAGCAAGAGGACCACCUGUCGGAGCGAGACCUGCUGGCUUACUUGCCAAAGCCGCUGCAAUCGAAGGUGAACGUAGCCAUCAUAAAGAACCUGAUGGACCAGGAGCUGAGGCAGCUGCAAGUCUGCAGCUCCCAAGAAGCACAGAUCAACUUCAUCGAGGCUGUGAGCCAGCUGCCCCUCUUUGGCUACACUGUCUAUGUGGUGCUGCGGGUGAGUCAACUGGCCCUGCCCGGACCCAGCCUCCUGGGACUGAACCGCCAGCAUCUCAUCCUCAUGGACCCCUACAGCCAGAAACGGUGCUGCUCCAUCGCCCUGAGGGACCUGCACCGGCUCCACCUGCUGAGCCCCCUGGAGAGUAGGGGGCCCCCUGGCCUGGAACUCAACUACGGCUCUGCUGACAGCCCCCACACCAUCUGGUUUGAGCUGCCCAAGGCCCAGGAGCUGAAGUACACCAUCACCUUCCUGCUGGACAGCAGCCUCGCUUCCAACUAGCGGCCGGCCUCACCCAAGAGGAAUGGAGGAGGGGAGGAGAUGAGGAAGGGGCCCCCUCCCAGGUCCAAGUCUGACAGGGAAGGUCUCCCUUGGGUGCUGUCAGGCCAUUUUGGUUUGGACUUCCCCACUUGGCUGUUCUGGAACCUGCCACAGCACAGCGCUGCUGGCCCACGUGGAGGCCACGAGGCAGGAGCUGCUCCAGUGACAUCAGCUGAGAAAGCAGCAGGACUCCCCCUGGGGGGGCCUGGAGCAGGGGCUGCAGGAACUCGCUUGGGCAUCUGAUGCUGCCCAGGCUGGGGAAGGGGGGGGGGUGCCCAGCUGGCCCCAGGCCCUGGCUAACAUCAGCACGAAUCCAGGCCUGGGGGAAGCAAACAGUGAGGAAAUAAAACUCCCAAGAGAA